AUGUCGAAACCACAAGUGCAGAUUCUGCUCUCCGUCGACUUUGAUGCCGUGUCCGGCUUCUUGGGUACUGGUGCUUCGCCCACAACCAAUCUCGCCGAUUACAGCAGUGGCUUCUUUGCCGCCCAAGUAGGAGUGCCGCGCCUACUGCGACUCUUUAAGAAACAUGGGAUUGCCUCUUCAGUGACCUGGUUUAUUCCAGGACAUUCAAUGGAGUCAUUUCCAAGCGAGACCAAGGCGAUUGUGGACUCUGGCGCCGAAAUCGGCUGUCAUGGAUAUGCCCACGAGGGUUCCAGCCAAAUGACCGAGUCUCAGGAGAGGGAGGUCAUCAUGAAAUGUGUGCAGCUGGCAACUGAACUGACGGGAAAGAAGCCCCGGGGAUGGCGAGCUCCAUUAUAUCAAUUGCGAACAAACACCAUUGAAGUCCUAGAGGAGUUCGGUUUCUUAUACGAUUCUUCCCUGACACACCAUGAUUCGGCACUCUAUUUUAUUCCUAAAAUGCCCGAGCCCACGGCCAUUGACUUUUCGCCUUCCCAAUCUGCCUCCACUUGGAUGAAGCCUCUUCCUUCUCCGGCGGCCAGGACGGCUGAAACCCUUGUCGAAAUUCCCUGUAACUGGUAUAUGGAAGACAUGACUCCAAUGCAGUUCCUCCCGGCUGCCGAGAACUCUCAUGGGUUUGUAAGCCCGGCGACAAUUGAGCAGAAUUGGAAAUCGCGAUUCGAGUUCCUAUACAGCGAAGCCCUGGAAAAGGCUGAGGAGGAGUCUACCACACAGGGAUUUAUCUUCCCUUUGGUCCUGCACCCAGAUACGAGUGGAAUGGCUCAUGUGGCGGGUAUGAUCGACCGAAUGAUCAGCUGGCUUCAACAGCACGAUGUGGAAUUCGUGACAUUUGGGGACUGUGCAGCCGAAUGGAAAAAAGAGCAGUCCUAA